AUGUCCCCGGUGGUAUCGACGGGGUACACCGAUGAGGGAAGCGAUCUGGAGUUGGUGAGCUGGGAGCCGGCACCUCGGAGGAAACGCGCACACGAGGCGAAGCGCGAGGAGCCCCCGACCAACCGACGAGAGGAGCCCCGGAACAGCAGACGCAAGGAGCCCAGCGCCAGCAAGCGCGAGGAGCCCCGCGCCGAGGAGCGCGAAGAGCACCGGGCCAGUAGGCGCAAGGGGCCUCGCGUCAGCAAGCGCGAGGAGCCCCACACCGUCAACCGCGAGGAGUCCCGGACCAGCAAGCGCGAGGAGCGGCCUGAGAGAGGACAGAGGGGGCACACAGCGCGGAAGGAGGAGCCCAGGGAGAGGGUCUCGAAGCGGGCGUCCACCCAGUCGACGCGUGCGCCCAGGGAAGAGGCGUCGUCGGCGCGCACAAGGGGGAGGUCGGCGGCGCGGCAACGGGGUCGGCAACCGACAGACCCACAGGUCGAGGAGCGGCAGCCAACGCCGAUCGAAACCGCGGUCAAGGAGCCACAGGCAACGCCGGCUGACGCCCCGGAAGACGACGCGGCCGCUGAGGCACGACGCCUCGCGGAAUGGCACCGGCG